AUGGCGACAUCACCCACCAAUACUGGUAGUCCAGUUCUUGAUCCUUCAUUUCCUUACUAUCUUCACCAUUCAAAAAACCCAGGAACCCUUCUUGUUUCCACUCCUCUUAACGGCGAUAAUUACCUUACUUGGCAUCACGCUAUGCGUAUGGCACUUCAUGCCAAGAACAAAAUGAUGUUCGUUAAUAGGUCUCUCCCAAAACCAAUUGCAUCUCUCUCUGAAGUUCAAAUUUGGGAUCGAUGCAACUUUAUGGUUUUAUCUUGGAUUCUGAAUGUCCUCAACUGUACCAUCGCUGAUAGCGUUUUGUAUGUUAACACAGCCCACUCUGUCUGGAAAGAGCUUGAGGAGCGCUAUGCUCUGCUUAUCUUUCACCUCAAGCGAUCAAUUUCCACUAUCCAACAAGGCAACGAUUCCCUCGUUGCUUACUAUACCUGUCUCAAGAUGCUAUGGGAUGAAUUGACAUCUUAUGUACCCAUUCCUGCAUGCAUAUGUGGAGCCCAAUCAGCUCUUCACUCUGUGAACCAACAAGAACGGGUAUACCAGUUCCUUAUGGGACUCUUUGACUGA